AUGGCCAAGGAAGGCAUUGCUGCUGGAGGUGUAAUGGACGUUAAUACUGCUUUACAAGAGGUGCUGAAGACCGCCAUCAUCCACGAUGGCCUAGCACGAGGAAUCCCCGAAGCUGCCAAAGCCUUGUACAAAUGCCAAGCCCAUCUUUGCGUGCUUGCAUCCAACUGUGAUGAGCCUGUGUAUGUCAAGUUGGUAGAGGCCCUUUGUGCUGAACAACAAAUCAACUUGAUUAAGAUUGAUGACAACAAGAAACUAGGGGAGUGGGUAGGCCUCUGCAAAAUUGACAGAGAGGGAAAACCCCUUAAAGUUUUUGGUUGCAGUUAUGUGGUUGUUAAGGACUAUGGCAAAGAAUCUCAGGCCAAGGAUAUCAUUGAAGAAUAUUUCAAAUGCAAGAAAUGAACAAAUAAAAAACUUGGCUCUCAAAAAAAAUCAAAAUAGAUUACCUAAAUGUGCAAAUUAAAACCAUAAAAUUCUUAGAAGAAAAUGCAAAGACAACGCUGUCAGGCCUGACUUUGAACAAUGGAUUAUUUAAUAUAAUAACAAAAGCACAAACACCA